UUAGUACAACUCAGUGCCCACAUGAUGGCGACACAUCGCGGGUCAGUUGUGGUGGACCUAACGAGUGACGAGUCUGACGACGAGCCUGGCCAUAUCUUUCCAAACCUCCACACCACUCCAAAAUCCUCGAGACUACCCGUAUUCACAUCACCAGAGGGUGCACGAUUUCUAAGCGAUUUAGGCAACUACGUCUCUAUUGGAUCACUUGUUCUAGGCGAAGUGAUUGGGACUGAUGCCGAACCUUUCUGGGAGGAAGCCACCAAUGUCACAACACUGCAACAAUCAGGUCUCUCUGAGCAGAACGCGCUUGACAUAGACAAGCUCCUGGCUCGCCAGCGCAUUCGUCUGUUUGUGAGUGUUCCAUCAAAAGCUGUGCUCAGGGUUUAUGUCCUGCCCAGCGACGUUGGACACAGAUUCCUGCAGCAGGACCGAGGGAUGGACUCACUUUUGUUUUCGCUAAUCCAAAACCUUGACGUGUCCCCCGAAGCAUGGAAUGGGCAUCCAGACGUCCCAGAGCCAUUCCCCCUGUAUGCUGCUGGUGAAGAGGGAUCACUAUACUAUCUGUUCAACAACAUUCCAUCUCCGAAUCCAACAUCGGAGCGAAUCAUGAGUCACUUCCACAAAGAGAUCAUGCUGGACAUCCUCGAUUCCGAAUAUCAACUACCUGGUCUCAAGACAAUCCUUUAUCCGUACCAGCGCAGGUCUGCAGCUCAAAUGCUACAACGGGAGUGCGAAGAAAGACUCGAACUUGAUCCUCGACUGGAAAAGCGUGUCGCUCUCGAUGGUACAGAUUAUUACUACGAGCCUUGGGAUGUCUCGUUCCUGCGAAGCCCUCGCUUCUACGAGGCCUGUAAAGGGGGCCUGCUGUCCGAGUCAAUGGGAUUGGGCAAGACACUCAUCUGUAUAUCGCUGAUUCUCGCAACUCGUGGCUAUCUCCCUCGUACGCCUGCUCAGUAUGAUCGAGAGACCGUUCGACCGAAGGUCGGCAGUCUUNUGGAAAUGGCUAUCUCAGCCGUCAAUCGAAGCUCUGCUCCAUGGUCGUCGUUCUUUGAGAAACAUGAAGACGCGACUGGCGAACACAUGAAACAUUGCAUAGAUUUGAUGCGGCACAACGCACCUUCCUACGAGAUCCCGGUCGAACCAAUCCGGUGGAAUCGCAAGACCACGGUUCCUUCACCANAAAAGCUAACACUUGCCGCAACGACCUUGGUCGUGGUGCCAAGAAACUUAUUAUCGCAGUGGAAAGCAGAGCUGGAGAAGCACACGACAGGCGUCCUGAAAACGCUAGUCAUGGAGGACAACCGCGUUGCUCUUCCCUCUCCAGAAACACUAGCGACCUUUGACCUCGUAUUGUUCAGUCGAAGUCGAUUCGAGUACGAGGAUCGAGAUGGUGCAGACGCACAUGGUCGACGUAUGUCAAGAUAUCCGAUGUCCUGCAAUUGUCCAUAUAUUGGAGCUACUCGGACGCGAGAUUGUGUCUGUGUACGCAUUGACGUAAGUUCGCGAGCUCUGUCACACCAGAACCUGCUGACCGCUUGUGAUAACAGGNAUCUCUACGAAUCACCACUCAAAGCUCUUCAUUUUCUAAGAGUAAUAAUUGACGAAGGCCAUGGAAUGGCCACCGAGAACACCAGAAUUGCAACUGUGGCGAGUAGACUGGUCGAAGCUUCUCAUCGAUGGAUCGUUAGCGGUACACCAGCAAAAGAUCUCAUUGGCGUCGAGAUGGACUUGGUUGGACCUGUAUCGCACACCGGGACCCCAGCCCCCUCCGAUCGUGAUGAUGGAGAUUCGCAGUAUGGCUCCGGCUCUGGCAUUGACUCCGCAGCACCUGCACUGCGCGAUGCCGCAGAAUCUCUGCGGCGCGAUGCUCUACUCAAUCAGAGGAGAGCGUUCAACCUCAAGGAUGAGAAAAUAGGAGCAGUCCGGAAUAUCGGCGCACUAGCAUCCACCUUUCUCAAAAUCAGGCCAUGGUGUUCUGUUGAAGACGAACGGGGAUCUGACUGGACAAACUACUUCUUUCGUCAUGAGAUGCUCCGCCCACGAGCUCGCACCUACUCCGGGUUCACAAAAUGCUUGCGCCAAACGCUGGAAUCGAUUGUUAUCAGAACACAGCCUGCAGAUGUCGAGCGCGACAUAGAGCUACCACCGCUCACACACGAGAUUGUGCGAUUAGAACCGUCAUUUUACGACAAGCUCACAGUGAAUGCCUUCGUGUUCGUGCUCACUGCCAACGCUAUCACCAGCGAGAGAACAGACAUUGACUACAUCUUCCACAAGGCUAGCGGCAAGGCACGAGUUCAAUUAUUGAACAACUUGCGUGCAAGUGCUUUCUAUUGGACCGGUUUCAGCGCUGCUGAUAUGAUGGCCGCGAUAGAGCAAAGUGAAGGCUAUAUCAAGAAGCAAAACAAGCUGUGUUCAGAAGAAGAUGAGACUCUGCUUACACGUUGUGUUGACCAAGCCGGAGUCAUGGUCGGCUCUGAGGGGUGGAAAAACUUGACGCAAAGCCAUGAAGUUGGAUUGUUUGUGAAAAAAUGGCCAGUCGAGUCUGCAGCGUUCUGGUCUUUUGACAGAUCAGAUCCGUCUAAAUCUCAUUUGCUGUGUGGAACAACACAGUUGAUACAAGCUCAAGACCAUGUCAACCGCCAGACCAACUUGUCCGACCCGGCAGAGGGUCUUGCUGGAGCUGGUAUCAGAGCAUUGUCCUCCCUGCGCUCACAGCCAGCGGAUGAAAGAACGCCUGUGCUUGUCAAAUCAGGCAUACCUUCGUCCUCGCUCGCGGUCAACCAAGCAGGAACUAGGCGUUCCUUAGGGGCAAAAGCAUCAACCUUACAACCUUCCAAGGACGAGUCACCUGAACGCAAGAACACUGCUUUGGAGAAUCUUGUUAAGGAUGCGCAAUUGCCAGUCGAUUCGGCCCUUCUCAAAACAAAGAUUGCUGGCACUACAUCGUCGAAAUUGAGCUAUCUUCUCUCCCGUAUUGAGGAGUUCUAUCGUGACGAGAAGAUACUCGUCUUCUACGAUAAUGACAAUACGGCCUACUACGUAGCACAAGCCUUGGAAGUGCUUCACGUUGACUACCUCAUUUAUGCCAAGUCACUGUCGGCUGCAGUCAAGUCUGACUACGUCGUCAGGUUCAAUCAGAAACCAGAGCACCGGGUGCUCUUGAUGGACAUUGGCCAGGCUGCAUUUGGGCUAAAUUUCCCUUCAGCUUCUCGAGUCUUCUUCAUCAAUCCCUGCAACAGGCCCGAGGUGGAAGCUCAAGCUCUCAAACGAGCCCAUCGUAUUGGGCAAACGCGAGAGGUCCACGCAGAGACCUUGAUCCUCAAAGACACGAUCGAGGAGAAGAUUUUUGAGCGGGCUAGAGUCAUGAGCCGGAGCGAGCACAAGAACGCAAAGGAGUUGGAAGACGAUGGUGGCAUCCGAGAAAUCAUUCAGAGCGCGCAGCCUAUACCAGUAUCCAUGCAGGAGGGCCGGAUCGCGUUCAUUCAGAAGCCUCAGCAGCUGUUCGCAAGGCCAGGUUGGGCAGAUUGGAAGAAAGUUGCACGUGAGAAUUCCAAGCCUCGCACUGAAACGACAGGGACGAGUGGCAGCGGAAAAAGGAAGGCAGAAGGUUCCAAAGAGAAGAACAAUGGUAAGAAGCGGGCAAAGAAGGAGAAAGGAUGA